GGGCAGGAUCGAAAAGCUAAAUUUAGCCAUAGUCGUGAAGACUCUUGCCUCUUAUGUCACUUAUGCGAACUUUUAACACGCUGCGUGGUGUAUUUAAACAUUAUUUAUAAUUCAAAAAAAAUAUAUGUAUGCAAUACCUUCCCCCUUGUGUUAGCUCGCCGUUAGCCGCGCAGCUAGCAGGGCUGAUGACGAGAUAAAAAUGGCGGAUCUUUCGAAAUCCAUGCCCGGCCUGAAAUAGUAAACCAAGCCCAGAGAUCCAGCAACGGGGGACGGCGACGAUGAGGCUUUUCGACCGUAAUCAACUGUCAGUCCCCGUUGUAAGAGAUGCCGAGUCGAUUGUGACACACUGCCCUCAGGUUGCCGAGACGCGGACCCCGGAAGGAGCAGCACGUUGUCCAUUGAAUUGACGCGAGCAUCUGUGGCACUGUGUGGUACUGUACACAUGUGCACCGGGGUGCUAAGUCAUCGCCAACAUGGACGUGGUGUCGCCUGAGCUGAACAGCCUCCUUCCUGACGAAAUCAUGGACAUGGAGGCCAUCGAGGAGGUGGCUCAGUCCAGCCACGACGCGUCUGUUGCCAUGGAAACGGACACAGCCCCGGAGCGCGCCGGCCCCGCGACGGAGCGGGCGCUCCACGGCGCCGCCGCCUCCGCUUCCGGUCUGUCCUCCCCGCUGGUGACCUUGAGGCCGACGCUGGCCACCUCCACGGCCACCACCAGGACCACGGACAGCCUGACGGGGUCCAUGGUCACCACGAGCGCCUUGCAGAAGCUGGCGGUGCCGCUCAGCAUCUCGGCCGCCAAUCAUCAGAUCAUCCUCAACAAGGUGGCUUCGGCACAGGCGUCGGAGGCGGCGCGUUCGGCGGUGGGCCAGAAGCUUCUGGUGACCACCAUCGGGAAAACCGGACAGCCCAUCGUGCUGCAGUUGCCCCACGCCUCCGCCAAGGUGGGGGGCGCGGUGGGCGCGGGCGACGCAAAGUCCAUCAAGGUGGUGACCAUCGGUGGGAGGUCGGAUCUGAAGCCGGCGGUUGGGGGUGCGGCUGCUCAGGUGGCCACCUUGCAAGGCCAGCAGCUCAAGACUGUUCAGAUUGCCAAGAAAACGCCGGCGUCCUCGGCUCCGCCCAUCAAGUUCAUCAUCACCAAAGCGGUGAACAGCAAAGCGCUGAGUCCCCAGACGACGGGCGCUCCCGUCAUCGCGGGGCGGGUGCUGGCGCAGAAUUCGCCGACGGUGCCUCAGAGGACCAUCACGCUCGGGGGGUCCCCGCACAACACCGGCGCCGGCAUCCAAAGCAUUGCCGGCAAAAAGAUUGCCAUCUCUCCCCUCAAGACUCCCAGCAAGGUGACUGUGGUGUCCGUGGCGUCGCCGACCUCCGGGGCCGCUCAGAAGUCGAUGACGCUGCCGGUCAGCGUUGCGCUGGGCCAGCAGAUCCUCUCUGUGCAGCAGUCUACGUCGUUGUCGCCCGUCAAAGUGGCCAACAGUCCGGCUACGGCGCAGACGAUCAAACCGCUGCCCUCGGGGGUGGGCGGCUCCCAGUACAAGAACAUUAUCCCGCUGGCGGCCCAGCCCAACGUGCAGCAGAUCCAGGUGCCGGGAAGCCGCUUCCACUACGUCCAUUUGGUCACCGCCACCACGGCGAGCGGCGGCGCGCAGCCCGCCGCUCCCAGCACCAGCGCCAUGCAGACAGCUAAACCGAUGGUGGUCAGCGCCGGGGCGAUGGGGAUGUCGGUCCCGAUCGUGGCGGCUCAGACGGUCAAGCAGAUGGUGCCCAAGCCGCUGACGCCGGGAGCCCAGGUGGUCGCCGGCACGCCGAGCCAGCAGCGGCUAAUCAUGCCGGCCACGGCGCUGCCGCAGAUUCAGCCCAACUUCGCCAACCUGCCGCCGGGCACCGUCCUGACGCCGGCCCCGGGCGGCGGCAACGUGGGCUACGCCGUGUUGCCGGCGCAGUACGUCACGCAGUUGCAGCAGGCGCCCAUCGUGACCCUCGCCAACAACUCCACUUUCCCAACUUCCACCGUCCAGACUCAGGCCAGAGUCCCACUUAAUGGCAUGUCGGCGGAGGCGACGUCACGGCCGAGGAAACCCUGCAACUGCACCAAGUCUCAGUGUCUCAAGCUAUAUUGUGACUGCUUCGCAAACGGCGAGUUCUGCAACAACUGCAACUGCAACAACUGCUUCAACAACCUGGAGCACGAAGCCGAGCGCUCCAAAGCCAUCAAGACCUGUUUGGACCGCAACCCGGAGGCUUUCAAGCCCAAAAUCGGCAAGGGCAAAGAGGGCGAGUCGGACCGGCGCCACAGCAAAGGCUGCAACUGCAAACGGUCGGGUUGUCUGAAGAACUACUGCGAGUGCUACGAGGCCAAGAUCAUGUGCUCGUCCAUCUGCAAGUGCGUCGGCUGCAAGAACUUCGAGGAGAGCCCGGAGAGGAAGACGCUCAUGCACCUGGCCGACGCAGCCGAGGUUCGGGUCCAGCAGCAGACGGCGGCCAAGACUAAACUAUCCUCGCAGAUUUCCGACCUGCUCAUGAGGACCACGCCCAUCAUCUCCAGUGGCGGCGGCAGGCUCCCAUACACGUUUGUGACGAAGGAGGUGCUGGAGGCGACGUGCCAGUGCCUCCUGGAGCAGGCCAAGUGGGCGGAGGAGACGCAGCAGACCCAGGCGGAGGCCGAGCGCCUGAUCCUGGAGGAGUUCGGACACUGCCUCAUGCGGAUCAUCAACUCGGCCGGCAAAGCCAGAGCGGACUGCGCCGCCAUCAACAGCUAGGCCCCGACCGACCGACAGAACGGACACGCGCGGGAACGUCAGAGACGCUCACCUCGGCGCGAAGGAAGCGCCGCGCUUCCGGAUUUUAUUCCCCAACUUUUAUACUCUUUCGCUUCCCUCUUUCCUAUCUGAGGUUUUAUUCCCGGAACACGGCGUCAAAUGGUAUAUUUGUGCUCCCACUAGACAAAACGCGACAUGUUUUUUGAUAUUUAUUUUUUGGCAAGUAUUUGUAAUUAGUUAGCGCUAAUCUUGUGUUGGUUUCCGUGUUGAUUAUUAUUAUUAUUAUUGUUCUAAUUAUUAAUAUUAACAGAGGAUUGGCUACAUCGAUUCCCAAUCCGUGCACGUACGGCAUGACUAAAAAAAAAAUCCGGAGUAGUUCUUGUGCUAAAUUAAAAAAAAAAAAAAACACUAUAUUUAGUGGGGGGGGGGGACUGUAAAAGUACAGAAAUCAAAAUAUCAAUAAUUGGUAAAAAUUAGGGAUAACUGACAGUGUCGUGUGCCUUUUUAUAUGGUGGUGGAACACAACAUAAAAGUUUUUAAUCCUUUCAAAACUGCCAAAAUUCACUUAAAUGAUUCAUGCUUUUAUUUGUGUCACUCAGAAUCAUUGUUAUUAAGAGCAUCUCAGCAGAGCAGAAAUUUUGUGGGAAAUUGUGUACAAUUAGCUAAAUUGUACAAAAAUAAUAAUAAAAAAAAAGCUCUUUAGCUUUGUAUUUAAAUCAAAUGUGAAUAUUUUUCACCCCUGAUUCUUUUUUGUGUUGUUACUGCACGCGAGCUGUGGGGGGCGCUGUUAAAUAUCAAGGGACACGAGAACUUCCAGUCUUAAUACAUUAUACAGGUCUCUGUCGUCGAUUUUUAGCUCUUCGAAUGAUUUAAUUUCUAAUUAGAACAUUUCCAAAUAUUUAUAAAGUUUAAGAAGCAGAGAACAUCGAAAUCUGUUUUUUUUUUUAACUUCCGCUCGACAAAGGAACAGGAAGAAGAUAAAGCGGAAGUUGGUUUGCACUUGGGCAGCAUGGCAAGAUGGCUACGCAGAGGAGGAAUUGUGCAUUUGCUAAUUUUAUUGUAAUAUUUAGGUUUUUAUUUUGUGUGGAGGUAGUGAAUUGUUUUUCGCCGUCGUGUGGUUUUGUAACUUACCCGAGGUGAGCAUACCCAAGUAUUUGUUUUGUUUCUGCUUUUUAAUGUAUCCAGUCGACGAGUGUCCAAGGCAAGCUGAGUGGACCACCGUAGGUCAUUCGGAAGUCACCUUGGAAGUGUGUAUAUUGUAUAAAUUGACCCCAAAAAAUGGGAAUAUUUGAAAAAUGACAAAGUGGCACUACAGCGAGAGGAGGAAAUCUUUGUAACCAUCGAUCAGUGGAACGGGGAACAACGUUGGUUAGCCAUAAAAAAUGUUUUAUGUUGUUUUCCAUCAUUGUUUCAUAACCGACGUUUUUUAAGAUGUCAAUUACUAUGAAUAAAAUAUUUUUCCAUCG